UUUAACUUCAAAACAUAAAGUAUAAUUGUUUUUAUUACUGUUAUGGACUAGCGUGGAUUAAUCUUUUUCAUUUAAGAUGAAAUAUUAUCGAAUGAAAAGCUAAAAAUGUCCCGACACAGAUUUUAUCAAAACGCGGAAGAUGAAUAUUCUGAAGAUGAGGAUUACGGGUCUUCUUACGGGACAUCAUACGGGGAGGAGGGAGGGCUAUCGAGAAGUAUGGAGAAUCAAUAUGUUUUUAACAGAGGUCAAAGUGGAACAACUCCAAAAAUGUCCUCUUUUUUCGGCACUCAGGUUUCUGCCUCUAGUCUAGUGGACCAGGCGGAGUUUGAGAUGGAUCUGGAGAUCGGAGCAGGGCCUAUACCUGGAGGGAGUGGGGCAGGUUUCAACCUAGAGAUAGAUAAUAAUUCAGAAUCUCCACCUAGUAAAAAAUUGUCAAGAAUGGAUUCAGGAUUUGAUACUAGUGGAUUGUCGAGUGAGGAUAUGGUCAAAUUAAACUCUGGGUUGGAUUAUAUCCUGGAUAUUACUGGGGAAACUAUACCAGAACAAACCAUUAAACAAGCGUUAGUGAACAAUGGCUUUAAUGCAGAGAUUGCUCUAAACCAUCUUCUCGAAAAUAAAUCUGAAAAAGAAUCAUUUUUAAAACCCGCAUCACUUAAGGUUGAAGGAUUAAAUCUUGGAAGCUUGGCGCCACCUCCCGUUAUAAAAACGAUAACAUCAGGGACUGCUGUUGGAUUUAAUACUCCAACUACUCCUGUUGCUGUUGGGUUUAAUACUCCAACUCCUACUCUGGAAAAACAAGUUUUUGAAAAGUUUAUUGAAAAGAAAAGAUCCCGGUCGAAUUCACCUAUGCCAAAAAUCGACACUUUAAAUAUUCAGGAUAAACUGGAAACCAGAUCUAGUUCUCCAGCCCCUGGCUUAGCUACCCCACUCAAACAGGUUAAUAUGCGGAAGGAGAAAAUAGACGCAUCAGAGAAGUUUAAAACUGAUCGAGGAAACAAGAAGGAAGUUUUAAAUCUCGUCGUUGUUGGUCAUGUAGAUAGUGGCAAGAGUACACUAAUGGGUCAUCUUUUAUUUAAACUCGGAAAUGUUUCACAAAAACUUCUUCACAAAUACGAAAAGGAUUCCAAGAAGGUCGGGAAACAAAGUUUUAUGUUCGCCUGGGUUUUAGACGAAACUGAUGAAGAGAGAAAUAGAGGAAUAACGAUGGAUGUGGGAUCUCAUACUUUUGAGUCGGAACACAGAAUAAUUACAUUACUAGACGCUCCAGGGCACAGAGAUUUUAUACCAAAUAUGAUCAGUGGUGCAUAUCAAGCAGAUGUAGCAGUUCUAGUAAUAAAUUCUACAACAGGUGAGUUUGAGGCUGGAUUCGAGGCAGGAGGACAGACCAGAGAACAUGCUUUAUUAGUCAGGUCACUGGGAGUAUCCCAACUAGUGGUAGCGGUCAAUAAGCUGGAUACUGUAGACUGGAAGGAGGAGAGAUUCCGUGAUAUUGAGCAGAAGUUGAGAAUGUUCCUGAACAAGCAGGCCGGGUUCAAAGAGAAGGAUCUGGUUUUCAUCCCUUGCAGUGGACUUACAGGUGAGAAUCUGACAAGUCCCUCUUCUAUACAAUCAUUAACUUCAUGGUAUUCUGGACAAUCACUCAUACAGGCAAUAGACAACCUAAAAACUCCCGAGAGGGCUGUGGAAAAACCGUUCAGAAAAUGCAUCCUCUCUCAGUUCAAAUCCAUCUGUGUUGUGAAGAGUGUGCUUGUUGAUCAGAUGGAUGGACAGACAGGGUAUGCCGGUGAUCACGUGACUCUAGGUAUAACUGGUCCAGACCAGAACAGUUUAGCUCCGGGUAUGGUUCUCUGUGAUCCCUCACAACCCAUCCCUGUCUCAGCCAAGUUCAAGGCCAGGGUGGUCGUCUUCAAUAUUGAUGUUCCAAUCACUAAAGGUUUCUCGAUGGUUCUCCACUAUGGUUGUGUAUCUGAACAAGGAACUGUCUCUAAACUCCUUUCCUUACUCAACAAGGCUACUGGAGAAGUUGAGAAGAAGAAACCUCGUUGUCUGGCCGGAAACUGCUCUGCUAUGGUGGAGAUAACUGUUCUUAAGCCCAUCCCUAUAGAGGUGUACAAGGAGAACAGGGAGCUGGGUAGGUUCAUGAUGAGAACAGGUGGGCACACCAUCGCUGCCGGGCUCAUCACCGAGAUUUGUUAGAUCUAGAAGAUUCUGGAAACUAGAAAAUCCACGAAAGUUGAACUUAAGAAAUCCUUCAAAGUUUACUAGUUCCGAUGAAGCUCAUUCAACAAUCUGAAAAAGUUGAGAAUACUAACUAAAAAUCACAGAGUUUUUCGGUAUAGAUAUAUGUUAUAAUUAUUUUUAAUCAUUAUUUACUCCUUUAAAUUCUAUAAAAUUUCAAUCUUUUUUUUAAAGUUAAAGAAAUGCGAACUGAAAAAUCUCAUUAAAUCCAUUCAGAAAGCCAUUAAAAAAUCUUAUUUAAACGCUAUGUUUACAUCUUAUCCUGGAGCCUUCAUACUGUCCCAGGUUUGUGAUAUCAACUUUUGCCUUAUACUUAAAAAAUUUCAAUUUAACCCCAUAGCCAUUGUAGGUUUUGAGGGUUUUUUUUUACUACAGGGGUAUUUUUUUUUUAAUUUUUCAAAUUACUUUAUUAAAAAGUUUUCGUUAUAAGAACCGUACUGAGGAGCCGGAUCCUGGAUCUGUAAAAAUGUUAUUUCAUGGAUUUUCAGUUUUAUAAGAAUUUACUUUAAAAUGAAGAGUUUUUCAUAAGCGGAAUCUAAUAUCCGGAUCCACAUCAAAAUAAAUGGAUUUUAUUCACUGGAAUCUUCCUAUUGAGUGAAUGAAAACUGUAUUUUUAUAAGAUAUGUACAUUGUACCCCUCCUCUGGUUUACUAAAAGCUUGCCAUUGUUUAUGCUCAAUGUUUACAAAUUUCACUGCUCUCAUCGUUAUGUAACCGGACCGUUGAGAAAUAUAAAUUUAUAUUUUUUAUGUUUUCAGAA